AUGGCUCCCAACGAUCCAUUUAAAAGUAGUGACGAAUCUAAGCAGAAGGGCCAUGUGUUCGACAGGGUAUCGACGGGGUCACGGUUUAUGCCUGUUACAUUCAGAAACGACGAGGCCAUAUACGAAGCAUCGAAUCAGUACCAAAACUUCUAUCAUUUAAGGCAAGAAUGUCUUGCUCAAAAAACCCUUUUCAAAGACCCGGACUUUCCCGCGACCGAACGUUCCCUUGCGAUGCCGAACAUCGCCAACGUCCGUUGGCGGAGGCCGCACGAUAUCACCCCCAAGGCGCGAUUCUUCGUAGAUGGUGCGUCACGGUUCGACAUCUGCCAGGGUGCGUUGAACGAUUGUUGGUUGUUAACGGCUGCCGCCAACCUAACUGCUCACCCGUGGCUGUUCAAGCGGGUCAUUCCGGAAGAUAAUGGAUUCGAGGGUGACCAGUACGCGGGAAUAUUUCAUUUCCGCUUCUGGCAGUUCGGCCAGUGGGUUGAGGUGGUGAUCGAUGACAGACUGCCGACGGAUGCCGAUGGGAAGCUGAUUUUCGGACGAUCUGCCAGUCGGAACGAGUUCUGGAGCGCUUUACUGGAGAAAGCGUACGCGAAGUUUUACGGAUCCUUUGGGGCGCUCGAUGGCGGAACAGCGCGGGAGGCGAUGCAGGAUCUUACGGGAGGUCUGACUGAGUUUUUCAAUCCUAAAAAGAUUAUUGGAAAGGAGGAGCAGCUGUGGGAUAUUCUAUGUGGCGGUUUUGAGCUGGGAUCUCUGUUUGCUUGCAAUUUAAAGAGUGAUCCAUCGGGGGAAACUAUCCCUACUGGCGAAGGACUCCUGCGAGGCCACGCGUACUCCAUUUCCAAAGUUCACACGAUCGAGGGCCUGCACAGUGAGGGUACAUCUUCGGUAAGACUGCUACGGGUGCGCAAUCCGUGGGGUAUGGGAGGAGAAUGGAAUGGCCGCUGGAGCGACAAAUCUCGCGAGUGGAAUGCAAUCGAUGCUCGAGAACGCAAACGAAUGGGUUUGACGAUCGAGAACGAUGGCGAGUUUUGGAUCGAGCUGAAUGAUUUCAUCAAAUACUUUGACCGAUUGGAGGUCUGCCAUCUCUCGCCGGAACUGCACAGUAUCGAGGAGGGCGAGUCAGAUGAAGUACCAUCGCAAAGUAUCUUUCGCUGGCAGGUGAGCUCCCUCGAUGGCCAAUGGAUAUGUGACACAACCGCCGGUGGUAACGUGACCUUCCUGGAAACGUUUUCACUGAAUCCGCAGUACACGGUCAACGUUCAGCAAAGCACUUCCAGUUCGUCCGUGGUUAUUGCGUUAAGCCAAAAGUUUCGCCGGAUCGAUGCACUCCCCAGUCUCACGAUUGGUUUCAUCGUGUAUCGCGUGACGAGAGAGGAUCUCCGUCAGAAACCGGUACCGAUGGAGUUCUUCAAGAACAGUGACCACGCCAUCGUUGGUAGAUCCAUCUACAUUAACGCGCGUGAGGUGAGCUGUCGGUUAAACCUGGAUCCUGGACUGUACCUUGUCAUUCCAUCGACGUUCGAGCCAAGGGAGGAAGGCGAGUUCUUGCUGCGCAUCUUCACCACGCAGGGAAACACACUACAUGAAAACGAUGCCAUUCUAUGCUUUGGCACGAUCGACGAUCGUGUCCCCGAGCAGAAUCAACUGUUCGACUCACCGAGGUGGCCAUUGCUGGCGGAUGCAUUCUACAAUCUGACCGACUCGAAACAACGAAUCGAUCAGCAUAGGCUACAAGAGAUCCUGUGGAAACACUUCUUCUAUCGGACCACUUGUGGCUCAACAAAUAAGAAGGACUUGAAUGCUACACACUCCAAACGUGCUGCUUCCUCCCCUUGGAGAAAGAUCUUUUCCUACCUGCAACAAAUAUGCUCCUGCUUCUGGCUACAUUCGAUACAUCGCAGACGUGAGGCACAAUCUAUCGGCAAUUUACUUGAACAAGAUGACAAUUCACGCCGAGUAGAGCUAGAGCAAAUCACCAAAUUGCUGAUAUCUCGUACAGGCGACGAAAAGGUCCUCGGAUACGAUCAAUUUCGUACGAUCGUGCGCGAUGUGUACCAGUGGGAAUGCGUCUUCAGGCUGUACGAUACGGAUGGCAGUGGUGAACUAGAUCGCAAGGAACUGCGAAGUGCAUUGCGGUCUUCAGGUUUCAACAUAAACAACCGAAUACUGUGCAAAGUGUUGCGACAGGUCGAAAAGCUUGACCGAGCCCAGAUCGAAUUAAUCGAUUUCGUCCUGUGCGCUGCAGAAUGUCGACAUGCGAUCGAUGUCGUUCAUCAAAAACCUUGAACGUCGUUGAAAACAGCUAUGAAUCUGCGUACUUCUACAAAAUAAAAUAACCUAUUCUACUUUCCCAUCCCACCAUUUUUAAUCCUUUAUUCCGAAUAAAAACA